AUGGCCUAUCUUCUAGGUCUGGCUGAGGAAAAGCCAUUGCCAAAGAGCCGUCGUGAAGUGGUCUAUCAUUUUAUCGAAAAUGGACAUCUCAACUACCUUCCAGAUGAUUCAGACACAGUUUCAAAUGUUCUCACAGAUGGUGGCGACAAUGCCAGCGAGAUGUCAGUGAAGAUCCCCAAGAAUUGCAAGUCUGAUUUCCUGAUCUGGUCUUUACCAAUGACGCUGACAUAUCUUACUGCGAAGCGCAAUGGCCACUUCCCAUAUUCCUUGGAACCUCACCUGCCCACUACCAAUCCACCUCCUGUGUCUGCACCCACUCCGUCCACCCAGGUCAAUGUUCCCCUCUACCUGGGUCAAUGGGGACCCAUUGCCAUGCUCAAUCCUGCGCCCGUAUACACUCUGCCUAGUACACCCCAAACUCAGGUUGCCGCAGCAGGGCCAGCUCAGGCAUCAGUCUUAGGGGCUAAGUCGGGGAACAGGCAGGUCAAAGGAAAAGACAAAGAGAAAUCCAAUGAGAAAGGUACGAAAGAAUUUGAGUAUCAAUUCAUGUUGAACACGAUGGAUCCGAAGAAACAGAACGAAACCGUCUACUUUCCAGACUCGAAGUCCCAAUCACCAGAAGAGGUUCUCAAUGGAAUUCUCAUUAGGAUGAAGGUGGACCUCUCCACGCACCAGAUCGGAUAUCGUUUAUCCGAUGAGAAGGAAUCCAUCUUCACUCAGAUCCGCAAUGUGGAUGAUUUCACUCGCGCUAUUCAUGUGCAGCGUGAUAUUCAAUCUCGUGCAUACAAAUCAAAGAAACUACGAAUUGUUAAUAAGGAUGCCAUCAAAAAAGAGCUUCGACCUAUGGCAAUCAAGAAGCGCCGUAGAGCCAAAACCCCAUCUGUUGACAACACUUCAUCCAUGCAUCGAGUAAUUUAUGAUGAACUUCACAAGAGACUCUUCUGUCAUGGUUGUGGGCGAUGCUGUUACCGCCAUCCUGAUGCUAAUUUCCACCAUUUGCAUGUCACAAAUGAGGCCCUUGCCCUUUGGGCGAAAGCAUUGGCCGAUGGGGUUAAAGGAGUCUCCUUUGUUGAGCCACCCAAGAGUCGUUUAUUUAGUGCUUCACCUCUCAAACCUCUCACGCAAUUGGAUGAUCCCCAUACCUGGAAGCGUGACCGAUCAACUUCUCCUCCUUCUCCGACUCAGAUGCCAGCCAAGCGCAGGAAGGCCCAUUUGGAAGCUACUCGCAAUAUAUGA